AUGAUUGGGGAUGGGCCCUCGACGUCGAUAUUCAAUGAACAACCACUAUUCAAUCGAGCAUCUCCGGCGAGACAAAAAGUUGAUGAUCCUGUAUUUCUGUCAUCUCGUUUGAGUACUCCGAAUGUGAUUCCAGUGGCCCAGCGUGCCAUCAGCUCACCGAAGAGCACCCAAAAAAUUGUCACAAUUUUCGACCAUAUCCUGCAAUGGUUUUCGGAAGAAAUUUCGACAAGAAAGCGAAAAGCUGCCGGGGUAUGUGCGAUAUUCGCUAUUAUCACGUAUAUCGCCACCGUCUCCAUGUUAAUCCUGUCGCUUUGGGCUCCAUUUUCAUCACUUCAAGAAGCAACGACAUGGUUCUUCUCGCCAUACAAUUGGACUUUCAUUCUUCUACACGCUUCUAUAACAUUCGUAGUUUCGUUAACUGUUAUUUCUUAUCUAUGCAAAAUUGACCAGUCACCAAGAAUCCCGCUAACCGAUUGGACUGUUUGGCUCAUUGUCGGAUUUGAAGCUGUCGCUCGCAUCAUCGCCAUCUUCUCGAUCUUCUACGUCUCCAGAUCUCGUUUCUUGGAAGGAUUCUCCCCUGUUGUCAUUGGAUUUGGAACAUUCAUCUCAUCCGCAUUAGUGUGUUUUAAAAAUGAUUUCAAUUUGACGUUUAUGUCAGUAUAUGUGAAUUCUGUGAAGACCCUUAUCGAUCUCCUAAAAUCGACGAAUUACUCAAAUUUGGUCGAAAUUUGUGGAAUUGACGCAGCAAUUGCCUACACAUCAUCUCUGUCUUUUCUGAUAAUUUUCGGUCCAAUAUUUUCGGGAUUCCAUUCGUGGUGGCUUCUUGUGAAUAUUCCCUUCCAUUUUUCUCUUGCUGUCUUAUACUUCUCCCAUCAGUUUUACUAUAAGACUUUUAUGAAAAUCGUGAAUCAAGUUGUUAUGAAGCCGUUCAAAUUCUCAUUCCCUCCACCGUAUGCCAUUCAUUCGCCUACUCCCGAACAAAUUCGCACUAUCACAAACAUUCUGGAAGUUGAGGAUCCGUUUUUGAAGAUUUUUGCAUUUUACGAUCUUCGCGAAAUUGCUUGGUCGGAUCAAGAGCGUCGCCGCUUCGUCUUCUCCCUUUCGCAACCCGGAGGUCAUGCUCGCAACUGGAAAUCGGUUUCAUCCGCUUGCGUUCAUAUUCUUGACGAUAUGUGCUCAAAGAUGACGUCCUCAUCAGCCAAACUCGUUGGAUAUUCUUGGGGAGAUCAUAACGACGAAGACGAAAUGCCGAAAGAGGCAAUAAUGAUGCCGCGCAAAAUGCGCGAGAUGAAUUACGCUGGAGCCCAUCGAAGUAUGCACGCAAUUCGGGCGAUGAACACCCAGAAUAAUUCCAUUAUCAACAAAUAUCUUGGAAAAUUAUUUACGCAACCGAAACUGAUUGUUUCGCGAUACGAGGCCCAGAUAACUUCGUACGCAGCGGAAGCGGUUUAUAUGCUUGCGAUCACAUCUCUAUGCGAAGAUCGAUUCGGUGUUGUUCAGAAGGAUCUUAAGGAUUUGAUCACACUUUUGUGCAAAUUGAUCGCCAGUAUUGACACGUAUCAACGAGCGAGAGCUUCGGUUGCCGAUAAGACAGAUAUCACGUAUCUCAAAAUUGUGCUCAUUUCGCUUCAAGGAUCUCUUCAACGAGUCAUCAGCGCGUUCGCGGUUCAUUUGAAAUCUUUGAACCUUCCGGAAGAGGCAAAACGAACUAUUCGACUCGUCUGCGAGAUCGACGAAUUGUAA